AUGUCAAGCACACCAGAAGAGAAGCCCCAGCGGGCGACCGCUGCGCAGUUAGCAAACAGAAAAAUAAAAGAUAUUCGAAGACGACCGCGCCCCAGCACAACUGCUUCUCCAAGCACUACUACUGGAGCUCCUUCAUUUAGCCCUUUCAAUUCGAUCGACCCCAAUACUGUUUCGAGCUCCCAGCCAGCAUCAAACGGAUUCAGUUUUGGCCAAUCUCAGAGUUUCCCAGGAGCCACUUCGAGCACAACCCAACCCGCUCAGAACGGAGGAUCUCCCUUUGCCUUUGGAGCAGGCGCGGGCUCGUCUUCCUUCAGCUUUAACUCCUCGUUUGGUGGAUCAGGAUCAUCGCCGAAUCCGUUCGCCAGUAUCAACACUACUGCUGGCAGCCAACAGUCUGACACAAGUAGCGCUUCUGGGUUCAAAGGCAAUAUGUUCAAUCUUGCACCUUCUGGAAGUUCUGCUCUAGGUCAGCAGGCUCUUCCCACAGGAGGCCUCUUCGGGACCCCGUCGCAGCAAAAUACUGCUUCUGGGGGCUUAUUUGGUAGCUGUACUACUACCGGAACUUCAAGCCAACCUGUGACAGCUCCGGCCACCACCGGUAGCAUAUUUGGACAGACGAAUACGACCAGCGCUGCUCCUUCUCCCAGUAUUUUUAGCCAAUCUACUUCCGACAAGCCUUCUCCAUUCGGUCAGUCUACCGUCUUCGGCAGCGAUUCGAUGCAGACAUCGCCUGACCCGAAAGCAAAUGCUGCCGCGGCCAAGCCAUCUGUGUUUGGCAGCUCAAGUGCUUCUCAAUCUGGCUUCGGCGCUUCUACCGGCUUCACUGGUGCGGCAGCAGGCUCCGUUUUUGGAGGAGCAACUCCAGCGGCCCAACAGACGCCUUCUAAGCCAUUAUUCGGAGCCAAACCCGCGGAACAAGGCGCGCCAAGUUCUACGUCCUUUUUCGGUGCUACUUCUCAGCCUACGACUGCCGCUUCAGCGACCACCCCGGCAUCGACCGGUGCCACGGCGACGACGACGACAUCCACGAGCCUCUUUGGUACUGCAUCACCAGCCAAACCCGCAACGCCUUUCCAAAACCCGUUCCAAUCAUCGAAUCUUUUCUCAGGCGUACCUGCCGCAUCAGCUAGCUCGGAGGCUGCCAAGGAGAAGGAACAAGAGAACAAGGCAGGUGAAGCUUCCAAGACUGGAUUUCAAUUCUCUACACCCACCUCCAGCGCAGGCAAUCUAUUUUCUAAGAGUGCAAACGCCGCCGCCCCACCGUCGACGUCGACCGGAUUGUUCCAGGCGCCGUCCACAGGCAGUCUUUUUGCUCCGAAGCCUGCAUCUGCGGAAGCCGAUCAAACAAAAGCUGCCCAAGCGAACCCCUUCAGCAGCUUGCUUGCACCGAAACCCGAUACCGCGAAACCAACCACGCAGCAGCAAAAGCCACUGCCUAGCCCGGCUCCUUUCAGCGGUCUGUUUGCCCCCAAGCCAAGUGCCCCAGCUGAAGGAGCCAAGGCAGUACAGCAGGAAAAGCCGACCACUCCUACCCCGGUUUUCUCUACUCCUUCGUCCCCCAAAUCCUUUGCGCCACAAUCUUCUGUUACGUUGGCUACCACUACCGAGAGUAAGACACAGGCCCCUGUAUUCUCGCCCUCUGCAUCUCAGACCAUCUUCAAAGCCAACGGUACAGCCUCUGUAUCGCCUGCACCUGCACCUGCCGCUGUAAAAGCACCCGAAGUUCAAUGUGCGGAGAAAUUCCUGCCUCGUAACCUACCCUCCGGUUUGGGUGAUCAGCAAAAGAAGGAUGUUGAACUGGUGUACCGUCUCCGUUUGUUGAACGAGUCCUUCCAGCGGGAGAUUGCUAAGCUGAACCCUGCGACGGACGAUUUCGAUGCCCAUGUGCUUUUCUACAUGCGCGUUCGUGAAGUGAUUGGAGCACCCACUGGGCCUUACACAUCCAAGCGCAAGGCUUCCGAACUUGACGUCGCUGAAGAUGAGACACAGUCAGUGAAGAAAGUCAAACCUUUCGGUGCUAAUGGAGCAGGGUUGGCCGCAGGCACUGAUGGACUGCCCUCUGCCACGAAGAUGAGCAUUGCACCAAGCUCAAUCACAAGUACACCGUCCAAACUCUUCGAUGGGAAGCAGAAUGGCGCGAUAGUCAACGGAAAUCAUCCAGAAGAAACGACUGGUAGCACAAUUGCGACUUCCCAAGCCGAGGGCCGUUCCAGCAGAGAUUCUACGACCGCUAGCAUUUUCGCUCAAUCAUUCUCAAAAUCCAGGACCGACGAGGCAGAUCAUCCUGUGUCAUUUACAGGAUCUCCCAGGCCAUCUACACCAGAGACAAACAAGCCAGCCCUCUUUUCUACUACUCCUACCACAUCGCCCGCAAAAUCCUUGUUCUCAACGCCAGCCACUACGCAAGAGAAUGCAACCUCUAGCUCUCUGUUUUCUCAGUCUACUUCGAAGCCUACGUUCACAGCACCGACAACGAGCGCCAGUGCAGAACCCAAGAAUCCCUUUGUGCUCAAACCAAUUGGCGCCAAAGAUGCCGAAACGUCUCCCAGUGCCGCCCUUGCGGUCCCCAAGUUCGGUACCGGUACCGGUACCGCAACGAACUUUUUCGCUCAAUUCAAGUCCAUUGCUGACAAAGAUGCCGAAAAGGAAAAGGAGAAGCGCAAAGCUGAGGACUUCGAUUCAGAAGAAGAAGAUGAGGCUGAGUGGGAGCGCAAAGACGCCGAACAGCAGCGUAAGAAGCGCGAAGAACUUGAAUCACAAUCCAAAAAGCGCCCCAGGUUUGUUCCGGGCAAAGGAUUUGUCUUUGAAGACGAGAGCAGUGAUGCUGUGGAGCCCGAAAAGCCCGCAGAGACCGCAACCUCGGGUGCAUCGGUCUUUGAUCAAAAGCGUGACACUCCCGCCAAGUCGAACAAUAUCUUUGGUCAUCUGUCUGCGACGCCCUCCGAGGCGGAAGAGGACAAUGAUGCCGAUGAUACCGAAGAGGCGUCUGCAGCUGGCGAAGAACCAGAUGAUGAACCCAAGGAAUUGUCCCUAGUGCCAGGGAGUGAAGAUGAGGAGAGCCGAGAUCUGGAGACCAGCGAAGCUGACUCUAAAGCUGUCUCGGUCAGUGGGGCCGAGUUCUCCGCCAACGACAGCAGUGAUGAUGGGGACCUCUCUAAAGCACUCAAGAAAUCUAAGCAAGCCGCCACUUCAUCGACAGUGGGUGGCCGAAGCCUGUUUGAUCGGGUCCAGUACGAUCCAGAGGGGAAGCCGAAGCGGCAAAACGAGGAGGCAGCAAAGAAUCCUUUCUCAUCGCUCUCUAGCUCCCUUUCUAAGACGCCCAGCACAUCUACGACCAAUCCAUUUGGAGCCACCAGUACCUCUGUCUCCGGACAGACUCCUGCUAUCGGGUCCACGCCUGUGUCCAGUGUAUUCGGUUCAGUAAAUAACAGCAGCGGCCUCUUCACCUCUACCCCUGCUGGUGCUGCCUCGGCAACCCCGUCCAUCUUCGGCCAGAAUACUUCCAAGGCGAUUGGUGAUAAGACCUGGAAGCCAGACUCUCCCAUCAAGUUUGCCGACUCUACAGCGACAACACCUUCAAGCUCGCCGAAGCCCGUUUCCGAUGGAGCUGUCACGUCAGCCGACGCCUCGAAGCCGUUCUCGACUCUGUUUGGAGCCCCAGCUGCAGGAACAAAGUCGUCAGGCAGCGGACAGCCAUCGUUUGGAUUCUCCUUUGGCGCUCCCGGACAGCAAUCUUCUUCCUUCUUGGCUCCUUCUACCAUCGCUUCCACUAAUGGUAGUCGCGCCUCGACUCCAGGUGUCGCCUCCGACACUCCUGCCGAGGAAACUGGUGACGGAGAUACAGCGGAAAAUCUCCCUCAGGUGGACCUCGCGCGGAGCAGAGUGGGCGAGGAGGACGAGGAUAUUGUGCUGGAACUCAGAGGUCGUGCGUUACAGGCUCUGCCUGGUGACGGAUGGGUAAGCAAAGGUGUGGGUUAUCUCCGCAUCCUGAAGAAUCGUAAUACAUCUCGCGCGCGGAUCCUUUUGCGGGCCGAUCCCAGUGGCAAGAUUGUUCUAAAUGCCGCAUUGAUGAAGAACAUCAAGUACACAGCCAUGCAGAACAGCAUACAUUUCUUGGUGCCUAAGGCCGAGGGCGCUCCGGAGCAAUGGGCUAUUAGGGUCAAACCAGGAGAGAUUAAGAGCCUGGAGACUGCCAUUGAACAGUCCAAGUCGUAA